CGUGCCUAGUUUGUCCCUCUUUACCUACCGUAACUACGCACAAGUAUGGCGGUCUGAGAGUUGUGACAACUGUUUUGAUGGUGUAAACAAUACAUUUUCCAUAACUAAAUCACCCUUUUCUUGUAUUUCUUGUAUUUCUAAACUAACAACUACAGUGCGACUCAAGACCAUCAUGCCAUCUGCCUGUGACUCUCUGGUUGAAGACAUUGAGGACAUGGUGUCCUCUACUGACCCAACUCCUAAUGAGAGACAGUCCGCUAGAAAGAGUAUUGUACCAAGGUCCAGGAAGAAAAACGAGAGUCUGAUCCAUGAGGAGCUCCAUGCUGACAGUUUAAUCCCUGGCACCCAAAAAAUCUGGAUGAAAACGUGGGGCUGCAGUCAUAACAACUCAGAUGGAGAGUACAUGGCCGGACAGCUAGCUGCCAGCGGAUACAAGAUGACUGAUGACCCAACAGACGCAGACCUGUGGGUGCUGAACAGCUGCACUGUGAAAAACCCUGCAGAGGACCACUUCAGAAACUCAAUCAAAAAAGCCCUAGAACAGCAGAAGAAGGUGGUAGUAGCUGGUUGUGUCCCCCAGGCUCAGCCACGGAUGGACUACCUCAAAGGACUCAGCAUCAUUGGGGUCCAACAGAUUGAUCGAGUGGUGGAAGUAGUGGACGAGGCUGUUAAAGGCCACUCAGUUCGUCUGUUGGGUCAGAAGAAAGAUGGAGGCCGGAGGCUCGGAGGAGCCAGACUGGACCUGCCCAAGAUCAGGAAGAACCCUCUUAUUGAAAUCAUCUCUAUCAACACUGGGUGUCUGAAUGCAUGUACGUACUGUAAAACUAAGCAUGCCAGAGGAGACCUGGCCAGCUAUCCCAUCGAGGAGCUUGUUGAGAGAGCCAGGCAAUCGUUCCAGGAGGGAGUGUGUGAGAUCUGGUUGACCAGUGAAGACACAGGAGCUUAUGGUAGAGACAUAGGGACAGACCUGCCCACAUUGCUGUGGAGAUUGGUGGAGGAGAUUCCUGAAGGAGCCAUGCUGAGGCUGGGUAUGACCAACCCACCAUAUAUUCUGGAACACCUAGAGGAGAUGGCUAAGAUAUUGAAUCAUCCACGCGUCUAUGCCUUCCUUCAUGUUCCUGUGCAGUCGGCCUCUGACAGCGUCCUGAUGGACAUGAAGAGAGAGUAUUGCAUUGAUGACUUCAAAAAAGUGGUGGACUUCCUUAAAGAGAGGGUCCCAGGUGUUACCAUUGCUACAGAUUUAAUCUGCGGUUUUCCUGGUGAGACAGAGGAAGACUUCCAAGAGACAGUAGACAUGGUGAAACUGUACCGAUUCCCCAGUCUCUUCAUCAACCAGUUCUACCCCAGACCCGGUACACCUGCUGCCAAGAUGGAGCAAGUACCAGCACAUGUGAAGAAGCAGAGGACUAAAGAGCUGUCCCAACUCUUCCACUCUUACAACCCCUACGACCAUAAGGUAGGGGAGAGGCAACAUGUGUUGGUAACAGAGGAGUCCUUUGAUGCCCAAUACUAUGUGUCUCACAACAAGUUCUAUGAACAGGUGCUGGUACCUAAAAGGGCUGAGUUCAAAGGGAAGAUGAUUGAGGUGGACAUCUACGAGGCAGGAAAACACUUCUUGAAAGGCCGGCCGGUGGAAGAGAGUAUGCCCUUCACUCCCUCCAUUGCCGCACCGCUUCAGAAAGGAGAGGUGUCCGGCCUGAUGCAGCAUCAGACGCCCAAUGGCAUCCAAGGUCCUUCUUCUAUGCCUUCUUCAUCUGUUUUGUUGAUCGGCUCUUACAGUCUUGACAGGGAAGUACUGAAGAAGCUGGGGAUCGGGCUCACUCUGGCAGCAGCCAUCUUGGCCUUCAUCGUAGAGAAACUGUACUGAUGGUACAACUGCAAACCAGAAGAAGAUUGUGAGGAAGUGAGAGGACAGUGACAUCGUAGUAGCCUAAACAAUGUGUUUGAAGCGGGUGAAUACAGUGAUAAAACUCCACGUGCUCUUAUUCUAUCUUGAAUGAAUCCAAAGAAAACAAGACAGAGUCAGUAUCACAGUUAAGGAUUAUUUAAAUGUUCUGAGAUUCAUGUUGUUUUCGGUGAAGUUAGUAUUUUAAUUAAAGUUAGACUUUUUAAAUAGUUUACCACUUAGUGAUGUCAGUGUCUUUUGUCAUUGAUGGAGGAAUAACCACAUUGUCUUGACAGGUCAGCAGCAACACUGUGGUUAAAGGCAAUUUGUAUCCUUCAUUUCAAAGUAUUUAUUUUUGAAAGAGGGACAUGGACAGUAUAUUUUCUGAUCUCAAUGAAAGACUUUUCUUUCUUACUGUCUCUGAAGUUGUUUUAGCAUGUAAUUCUUUCGUUAAAGUUUUUUUGUUAGUUUCAUUUUAUGUUUUUUUUUGUCUCAUACAUCAAAGUCAGGUGGCUGAUGUAGGGCCAGGUGGCUAAUGCGGACUGCUUGGAUUGAUGAUCAUUAUGAACUCUUUAUUUUGUCCCACAGUACACCACUCAUCCAAUGUGAUUUUUUUUGUUGUUUUUUUUUACAUGUGAUGGCCGGCUUUGGUGCCACCAUGAAGGAUUGUUGUUUAUAGUUUCUUACUUACCUGUAGUUGUGUCUGGUAAGAUUUUUGCUGCCACCCCAAUACAGUAAAGGCAAAUGUAUCUAAAACUAUACAUCACUAGAGGUAAAUGAGAUUUUUUUCUUCUUUUUUCAGGUAAAUUGACCCUGUAAUACAAGUACUCUGUUGAUACAUGGGCUGCUUGUGGUGUAUGAGUCAUAAAUGUGACUGACCUUUUGGCUUUUCUUGAUUAGCAUUGUUGCAACCAUCCAAAAUAGUUUAAUAAAGGAAAAAUGCAAUCUGUCAUGUUUGAAAUUACUUGUGUAUUAAAUGCUAGGUUUUUACAAAUAAACAAGUCCUGUGUGUCCACAGUGCUCUGUAUCGCUCAGUUGUUUUUAUUUAUGCUAUACAGUCUGUUUGUGUUUCUCUCUAAUGUCUUUCUGUUUGGAGAUACAGCGGUCCCAACAUAUGUUUUUAAUUUUACGACAGUUAAGAAUCCAUGCCACAAUUUAUGUGUCGCAUUGCACUGGCACGUGUCUGUCAGUAUGUCUGCAUUUUUAACCGUGUGCUCUGCAUAUGCACACAUGCCUUGCAUAUAUUCCUAGUCAAAAGUGUCUUUCAGCUUGUGUGUGUGUGUGUGUGUGUGUGUGUUUUGUGUGGGUGGUGUGUGUGUGUACUUACAUGCCUGCCCUGUCUGAUGUGCUGAUGCUGUAUGCUUAAUUUAGCAGAAAGCCAGCAUGUGUGUGUCAGGAGUGACAGGGCUCAUUGCGGUCUUAUUCAGAAAGCCCUGUUAUUAUACAUACCACUCUUUGUAGCCUACACACACAAACACACACACUAGCGUUGUAUUACUCUAUUAUAUGAUUCAUGUUACACAUUCUGUUGACACACAGAUAUUUACCCUGGCUUUUUCUUACCUAGAUGGUACAUGUCACACACACCCACAGCACACUGCAAUUUUGUAGUAUGUGGGCAGAUGAUGUACAUCAAGCAAACUUGCACACAAACACAGGCACCAAAGCUUUAUAUUACCCGAUCAAACGAAGCGUUUCUCUCUCAUUCUCUCUCUCACACACACACACACACACACACACACACCACACACACACACACACACACACACACACACACACAAAAUAGCUUUGUAUUAUGUGAUCAAAUGAUGCGUGUAGCUAUGAAGCUUGUUACAUCCAUCCAGCAGUGCCCUAUAUUAUUCUGCAGCCAUCCAUACUGGGUGACAGUUCUUUUGAUGCUUUGUAAGCACAUUUCCUCACUGUGUAUGUCAUUUACACCACAUUGUUCUCCAAUGAAAUAUGGAUGCAACGACAUCCUUUAUGUUUGGGAGAUCAUCACUUACUAUGAAAUAUUGAGGCGGGAAGCAUAGAAAGGAGAUCAUUAUUCACUUUGCAUCAUUCACUUCACUUGUUUUGAAUAAAAGAAAAAGUUUCUGAA